AUGUCUGUGCAUGACUCGCGGGUCUGUGCAGAUGGGCUGCUCCGGGUGUUUAAAUUGGAUGAUGCUUCCGGUAAAAGCUUCAAGUUUUUGAGAAUUAACUUGCCUGCUGGAAAUCAUCCAACAGCUGUUGCCUUUUCUGAUGGAGCAUCGGCUAUAGUUGUGGCUACACAGGCUCUUUCUGGUUCUAAUUUAUACAUGUAUGGAGAAGCAAAUGCAAGAGCUGAUAAUGAAACUAAGCAGCAACCCAAGCUUCCCCUCCCAGAAAUCAAAUGGGAACAUCACAAAGUCCAUGACAAAAGGGCCAUCCUGACUCUGUUUGGAACGACUGCAACUUAUGGUAGCGCUGAUGGGAGUACAAUUAUUGCCUCAUGUUCUGAAGGUACUGAUAUAAUCCUUUGGAAUGGGAAAAGUGGGAAGAUCUUAGGGAAUGUUGACACAAAUCAGCUCAAAAACAACAUGGCUACCAUUUCUCCAAAUGGCCGUUUUAUUGCUGCUGCAGCAUUUACUGCUGAUGUAAAGGUGUGGGAGAUUGUUUAUUCCAAGGAUGGUUCCGUGAAGGGAGUUUCAAAAGUUAUGCAACUCAAGGGGCAUAAGGUCGACUGGCUCAUUUGCCAUUACUUUUUUUCACCUUGUAUAUUUUCUUAUGAAACUUUUAUUCUCAUCUUCAUAAAUUUCUCUCUAAAUUAAGAUCUGCAUAUAUUAUUCAAUGUCAUGAGAAUGAUUGCAACUUUUCCUUGUACUGUCUCCCAUCUGUCCAUUUGUCAGUGACUCUGGUGCAAUGCGGAGACUGAAACCCAAUUCGGAUCGAUUUGGGCUCACCCAAACACUAAACAAAUCAAGUAUUAUGAAUAGUGGGAAAUCUGUAAAUUUUGUCACUGCCCAUAACUUGGUGAGUGUGAAAUUGCAAGUGAAAACUCAAAUAAUGUAAUAGUGGAAGUGUUGUAAUUUAGUGAAAGUCAAGGUUGCAAAAGAAAAACAAGUAAAUGGGAAAGCACGUAUGAAUGGGCGAGGGGUAUUCUUGGAAGAAUAAGGAAAAUAAGAGUUAAAGUGAAUAAAAGAUAGGGGGAGGGCACUAUUGGAAAUAGAAGUUAAAGGGGAAUAUAUCGUGGGGGAGAGAGGGAGUUGUCUUCAACCUCGGGAAGGCAAGGAGGUGGAAGACAGAACCUGUUACAUUGGAGAAAAUCUUCUCAUAUGAUCACCAUUCGGGCUGAAAAUGGAGGUGAUAAAUUGCAGCCUCUUUCUGUAAUGGAAGCGAGCAACAACACUCCGAACAGAUUUCUAGAUACAGAUUUAACUAUUCUGCAAAUCAGGUCUGGUGGUAAACAGAGAAACAAACCCUUGUUUUGAUUUGAUCCUCACAACAUGAGGUGAGAGGGCUUUCUUCGCCUAAAAUCUCAGGCCAAAUGGGGUUGCUUACUAUAGAGUUCGAUCAGUCCCUUCACAGUUUGGCACGGCCGUUAGUAGCAGGGAAGGAAAAUAAAACAGAGCAUAAGAAUAGUGAUGAAAGAAGUUGAUGGAAGAGUAAAAAAGCUAAGGAAUUUGGCGACUUUAAAAAACUUUGAUAUACGGGGGAUAAAAGUAAUUGAAGUGGAGUUGACAUAAUAGUAAAUAAAGAUUUAAGAAUGAUGUGGUGAAUGUUAAAAGAUUCGGAGAUAGUAUUAUAUCUAAUUAUCUAUCAAGCUUGUGUUGGAGGAGGUUGUCAAUAUAAUUAGUGCUUACACGCCUCAAGUAGUAUCUGAUGAAAGUAGUAAGCUACAAUUUUGGGAACACAUAGAUGGAUUAGUGCAAGGUUCUAGGCAAGGAGAAAUUAUUUUAAUAGGAGGUGAUCUAGAUGGACAUGUUGGGAAAGAUUGUAGAGGCUAUUGAGGUGUACUUGGAGGAUUUGGUUUUAGAGAGAGGAAUGAGUAGGGGAUCUCAGUUUUAGAUUUUGUUGGGGCUGAUGAUCUAUCUAUUAUAAAUACUUACUUUGACAAGAGAGAGGAGCAUUUGAUUACCUUCAAAAGUGGGCAUUAUAGUAGCCAAAUGGAUUUCUUCCUAACGAGAAGGUCCGAUGGAUUGUUAUGUAAAGGUUGUAAGGUUAUACUUGGGGAGAGUGUAACCACACAUGUCAUGGAUAUAUGCCUCAAUACGUUGAAUUACAAAGGUGAGCUUAAUUUCCCUAGGAUAAGGUGGUGGAAAUUAAAAGGAGAUACUAUGGAAUCAUUUACUGAUAAAGUGGUUCAAAAAGGAAAAUGAGACUUUGGGGGUGACACAAAUGGUUUAAUACGAUGUGAAACGUGAUCACUACUUGUAUUAAAAAGGUUGCUAAAGAUAUUCUAGGUUAAUCGAAAAGAAAACAUCAUUCCUAGAGGGAGACUUGGUGGUGGAAUGAUGAGGUUCAAACAACCAUUAAGACUAAGAAAGCUAGUUUUAAGACACAACAAAGGACUAAGGAUGUAGAGGAUCGACAACAAUAACAACAACAAACUCAGCCUUAGCCCAACUUAAUGGGGUUGGUUACAUGGAUCCAUACAAAACAAAAUUGGAAAAGUCCAAGUAGGAGUGGGGGAGGGGAGAGAUGGAAAGAUGAGAGAUGAGAAAAGAAA